UACGUUACAGCCUUAUUCUUAAAUAUAUACAAUUAUGUUUUCCCUUCAUCAAUUAACACACAAUACACCAUAAUGAAAAGGCUAAAACAGUUUUGAAUUUUUUUGUUGUUGCAGAAAAACAAUGUAAAAAUGACUGAAAUACUUUAAUUACAUAAGUAUUCAGACCCUUUGCUAUGAUACUCAAAUUGAGCUCCGGUGCAUUCUGUUUCCAUUGAUCAUCCUUGAGAUGUUUCUACAACUUGAACUCCACCUGUGGUAAAUUCAAUUGUUUGGACAUGAUUUGGAAAGGCACACACAUGUCUAUAUAAGGUCCGACAGUUGGCAGUGCAUAUCAGAGCAAAAACCAAGCCAUGAGAUCGAAGGAAUUGUCCGUAGAGUUCUGAGACAGGAUUGUGUCGAGGCACAGAUCUGGGGAAGGGUACCAAAACAACUCUGCAAACAAUUGAAGGUCCCCAAGAACACGGUGGCCUCCAUCAAUGUAAGAAGUUUGGACCCACCAAGACUCUUCCUAGAGCUGACCACCUGGCCAAACUGAGCAAUCAGGGGAGAAGGGCCUUGGUCAGGGAGGUGACCAAGAACCCGAUGGUCACUCUGACAGAGCUCCAGAGUUCCUCUGUGGAGAUGGGAUAACCUUCCAGAAGGACAACCAUCUCUCCAGCACUCCACCAAUCACGCCAGACGGAAGCCGCUCCUCAGUAAAAGGCACAUGACAGUCUGCUUGGAGUUUGCCAAAAUACACCUAAAUGACUCUCAGACCAUGAGAAAGAAGAUUCUCUGGUUUGUUGAAACCAAGAUUGAACUCUUUAGCCUGAAUGUCAAGUGUCACGUCUGGAGGAAACCUGGCACCAUCCCUAUGGUGAAGCGUGGGGGUGGUAGCAUCAUCAUGUGUUGAUGUUUUUCAGCGGCAGGGACUGAGAGACUAGUCAGGAUCAAGGGAAAGAUGAACGGAACAAAGUACUGAGAGACCCUUGAUGAAAACCUUCUCCACAGUGCUCAGCACCUCAGACUGGGGCGAUGGUUCACCUUCCAAAAGGACAAUGACCCUAAGCACACAGCCUAGACAGUGUAGGACUGGCUUCAGGAAUGUCCUUGAGUGGCCCGAUCAAAAAUCUCUGGAGAGACCUGAAAAUAGCUGUGCAGCGACGCUCCCCAUCCAACCUGACAGAGCUUGAGAGGAUCUGCAGAGAAGAAUGGGAGAAACUCCCCAAAUACAGGUGUGCCAAGCUUGUAGCGUCCUACCCAAGAAGACUCAAGGCUAUAAUCGCUGCCAAAGGUGCUUCAACAAAAAGGGUAAAGGGUCUGAAUACUUAUGCAAAUGUGAUUUUUCAGUUUUUAUUUUACAUUUGCAAAAAAAACAAUAAUCCUGUCUGAAUACUUUCCGAAUGCACUGUAUAUACAAAAGUACGUUUGACAAUUAGUGGAAUUAGUGGAUUCGGCAAUUUUAGCCACACCCAUUGCUGACAGGUGUAUAAAAUCAAGCACACAGCCUUGCAAUUUCCAUAGACAAACAUUGGCAGUAGAAUGGCCUUAAUAAAUAGCUCAGUGACUUUCAACGUAGCACCGUCAUAGGAUGCCACCUUUUCAACAAGUCAGUUUGUCAAAUGUCUGCCCUGCUGGAGCUGCCCUAGUCAACUGUAAGUGCUGUUAUUGUGAAGUCGAAAUGGUGUAAAGCUCACUGCCAUUGGACUCUGGAGCAGUGGAAACACGUUCUCUGGAGUGAUGAAUCACACUUCACCAUAUGGCAGUCCAACGGUUGAAUCUGGGUUUGGCAGAUGCCAGGAGAACGCUACCUACCCCAAUGCGUAGUAAAGUUAGGUGGGGAAGGAAUAAUGGAAAAAACAUGUUUUCAUGGUUCGCAGUAGGCCCCUUAGUUGCAUUAAAGGGAAAUCUUAACACUACAGCAUACAAUGACAUUCAGAUGGUUCUGUGCUUCCAGCUUUGUGGCAACAGUUUGGGGAAAGCCCUUUCCUGUUUCAGCAUGACAAUGCCCCUGUGCACAAAGUGAGGUUCAUACAGAAAUAGUUUGUCGAGAUCGGUGUGGAAGAACUUGACUGGCCUGCAUAGAAGCCCUAAAAUGAAUCUCAUCGAACACCUUUGGGAUGAAUUGGAACACAGACUGCGAGCCAAGCCUAAUCGCCCAACAUCAGUGCCUGACCUUACUAAUGCUCUUGUGGCUGAAUGGAAGCAAGUCCCUGCAGCAAUGUCCCAACAUUUAGUGGAAAGCCUUCCCAGAAGAGUGGAGGCUGUCAUAGCAGCAAAACUGGGACCAACUCCAUAUUAAUGCCCAUGAUUUUGGAGUAAGAUGUUUGAUGAGCGGGUGUCCACAUACUUUUGGCCACGUAGUGUAUAUUCCUUUAGGACUGGUGCUGCGAGGUAUAUUCCUUUAGGACUGGUUUGGCGAGGUGAGACCACGGACGCAUGUUGGCACGCACUUCACAACAGUGACAACAGCGUGCCAAGAAAGAUCCAACAUGAAGUGAGGGGGGGAGGAGCAGAAAGAACAUGUUCAAUUAUAAAAAAUCAUGUGGAGAGAGAGAGAGGACCUGAUUUAAAAGCUCUGAAUGUAUAUCGUCUAUCUCUCAUGAGAAGGCGAGUCUUAAAGUUCCAUCAGAAUGGGCAGUCUAUCCUCAGACGCAGCAGGACGACAGCAGCAACGGAUCAUGGAGAGGUGUCCGUAGCUUCACAACGGGACUCCCAUCGUCGUCACGGUCCACUGCUGCGCGAGCAUCACCUCCGCCACGGAUACUUCCUCCGUGAGGUGAGAGCACAAGGCCGUCGGCGAGCUGCACACCGACACCGGAGAAAAAAUGAACAUCCAGGUCCUGCCAGACCACAAGCUGUCAUCAGUGGCCCCGCUGAAACCCUGCAAUGUGGAGAAGAAGGAGGUGGAACUGAUAUUGGUGAAGGACCAAAAUGGGGUCCAGUAUACCAGUUCGACCAUCAUGCCCACCCCCAGCACGCACGGCACCCCCUGCACCGCUGAGGAGCUGGAGGAGAGGGAAACAUGGGGAAAGAAAAUAGACUUUCUCCUAUCCGUCAUAGGCUUCGCAGUGGACUUGGCCAAUGUCUGGAGAUUCCCUUACCUCUGCUACAAGAAUGGAGGUGGUGCCUUUCUAAUCCCCUACAUUCUGUUCCUGGUGAUUGCUGGGAUGCCUCUGUUCUAUAUGGAACUAGCCCUGGGACAGUACAAUAGGGAAGGAGCUGCUACAGUCUGGAAGAUCUGCCCUGUCUUUAAAGGUGUGGGCUACACUGUGAUCAUCAUAGCGUUGUAUGUGGGUUUCUACUACAACGUCAUCAUAGCCUGGUCCCUAUACUACCUGUUCUCCUCUAUGACCAGUGAGCUGCCCUGGCUCCAUUGUGGCAACGCCUGGAACAGUCCGAACUGCACAGACCCCAAGCUACUAAACGGAUCCUUCCUGGGCAAUGGGACGUCUUAUGCCAAGUACAAGAUGACGCCGGCUGCAGAGUUCUAUGAGCGUGGCGUACUCCACCUCCAUGAGAGCAGGGGGAUCCAGGACCUGGGCAUGCCUCGCUGGGAGCUGGUCCUCUGUCUGGUGGCUGUGGUCUUUCUACUCUACUUCAGUCUCUGGAAGGGUGUCAAGUCCUCCGGCAAGGUGGUGUACAUCACGGCCACCAUGCCCUAUGUGGUGCUGUUCGUCCUGCUGAUCAGAGGCAUCACUCUGCCAGGGGCUAUGGACGGCAUACGGGCCUACCUCCACAUCGACUUUAAACAACUCAACGACCCCAAGGUGUGGAUUGAUGCUGCUACCCAGAUCUUCUACUCAUUGGGAGCUGGCUUUGGAGUGCUCAUUGCAUUUGCCAGCUACAAUAAAUUUGACAACAACUGUUACAGGGAUGCUAUCCUGACCAGUACAGUGAACUGUGUCACCAGCUUUUUUUCAGGUUUCGCCAUUUUCUCUGUGCUCGGCUACAUGGCCUACAAACACGGAGUCAGGAUAGAGGACGUGGCCACUGAAGGUGCAGGACUGGUGUUCAUCAUCUAUCCUGAGGCCAUCUCCACCCUGCCUGGAUCUACCUUCUGGGCCAUAGUAUUCUUCAUCAUGCUGCUGACUCUGGGCAUCGACAGCUCUAUGGGCGGUAUGGAGGCAGUCAUCACAGGACUGUCAGACGACUUCAAGAUCCUGAAGAGGAACAGGAAGCUGUUCACCUUCGCCACGGCAUUCGGAACCUUCCUUGUCGCGCUCUUCUGCAUCACUAAUGGAGGUAUAUAUGUGCUGACUUUGUUGGAUAACUACGCGGCGGGGACCUCCAUCUUGUUUGGGGUGCUGAUUGAGGCCAUUGGGGUGUCCUGGUUCUACGGCGUAGACCGCUUCAGUGAGGAUAUCGAGCGCAUGAUGGGCUUCAAGCCAGGUCUCUACUGGAGGCUGUGCUGGAAGUUUGUCAGCCCCACCUUCCUACUGGUCGUGGUGAUAGCCAGCAUCGUGACGUCCACGGGCCUGAGUUAUGAUGACUAUGUCUUUCCUUCAUGGUCCAAUGUGAUUGGCUGGGGCGUAGCUCUGUCCUCCAUGAUGUUUGUGCCCAUCUACGCCAUCUACAAGUUCCUCAGUAUGCCAGGGACAUUCAAACAGAGGAUCGCCUACUGCAUCACACCAGAACACGAACAUCAUCUGGUGGCGGAGGGAGCUACCAUCAGACAGUUCACGCUCAAGCACUGGUUGGCUAUCUGACAACCUGAUGUCACCCAACCUUCCCCACUACUCACAAUUCCGGGGUGUUGGAGUCAUUGUGUUUCGACGGCAGAUGUUCCUGCUGCUGAGCCUCCUGCUACUGGAGGAUGGACAGGGAUAACGCCAUGCUCCUUUCUGCCUCUCUGUGUUCUGUUGGUUCUGACCCAACCUGCGACCUGCCAUCCCCUCUUUCCCACUCGGCCCCUCAUCUCCCUCUCUCUCUCUGUGAAGUGACUACAGAUUCUCUCAUCAACCUCUGCCUACAGAGUCAACUCAGUAUCCUCCAUGUUUUUGCUUUUGAAGUAUCUUUUUAUUGAAAACUUUUUACCAUGUGACAUCGUCAUCGUGGUCAUUUUUUAAACGUGUAUACAACUCAUAUAAGAUGGAGACAUUCCAUGCAGAGCAUGUACAGGUGUUUUCUGUGUUCAUUAGUUAUACAUGGGUUAGACACUUAAACCAAGUCAAAAAGUACCAAAUGACCACUUCUGUCAUCAUGUAUGCUCUAGGCAGGGGGAGACAAACAUGACUCACAUUGCUUUUUAUUUUCUUGAUUCUUUUCAAAGAGGCCCCUCAAGCUUUUAGGUGAAUGAGAAAGGGAAGACAUCUAGUUUCAGUGCCCUCUUUGUAUGUCUGACUGAGUAGGUCCCCAGUCACUACUCUAGAUAACAGCAGCUCAACUGUGUCAGUGCCUUAUCGAGCUAGACACUUCCCAACCUGUCAAUGUUUUCAUUGGUCCAUACAGAAAGGUAAAUGUUUUCAUUGGUCCAUACAGAAAUGUUUUGCCCGACGACUCAGGAAUCCUCCUGCAGAUCAGAGCUCGUGGAUGAUAGAUACACUUCAUGGUUACCAACAUACAUUAUUAAUUCAGUUCGAAUGACAAUGUCCUUUAGAUAUUCAUCUUACAGCAGUAGAGGUUUUCCCAGUUGCCUUCUCCAUCUUUUGAAACCUACCUGAAACAGAUCUGAAGCUUUUGUCACCUGUCUCACAGAAAAGGGAACAAUUUAUGUUGAGACUCAGAAGUGUUUUGUCUUGCAAGUGGUCGUCCUUAUGCUUUACACAUGGCCUUUACACAGAGCAGAGGUCUACAUUGUCCUGCUAUGGUUACUAAUGGUACUGUGUGUACCAACUUUAAUGUGUUGCAUAGUACGAGCAUCCUCUUCAGAGAGGCUUGUGCCCUUGAUCCAAUGAUUUGCCUUCGCCGUGCUGGUGGAUAAACAGUAGUAUUAAACAGUGGGGAAGAGACACAAAGGGAGGCUUUGAUUAAAUGAAGUUUAAUCCAGCACUUGAAAGAAGUUUUUAACAGAAGUACUUGUUUCAGUUUUCUAUGGAGAGGUAAGCACUCUUAGUGUUUUAGGGAACGUUUUCAGGCAUGCAAGAAAUGCCCUGUUUUAUCAAAAGCUUAACUGACUUACAGCACUAACACAGGUAGACUCAACAAAACAAGUGAUUUCUUUACUUUUUAUACAAUGUUCUCUUUGUUAUGUUGCAUCUUUCCAAUGCAUUGUUUUGUGGUCCAUAUGGGUGAGGGAAAUCAGGAGCUUCUCCUUCAAAGAGUGUGUGUGUGUGUGUGUGUGUGUGUGUGUGUGUGUGUGUGUGUGUGUGUGUGUGUGUGUGUGUGUGUGUGUGUGUGUGUGUGUGUGUGUGUGUGUGUGUGUGUGUGUGUGUGUGUGUGUGUGUGUGUGUGUGUGUGUGUGUGUGUGUGUGUGUGUGUGUGUGUGUGUGUGUGUGUGUGUGUGUAAUGAUAGCUAGUGUAUUUUAAGUUUGAAAUGCCUCAUUCAUUGUACAAUGAUUGUUGUGUUAAAUCAUUUAUGGUGUAUUUAUAUGUUACAUUGUCUGUCGAAGCCUAUUUUUUGUCAAGCUUGACAAUUCACCACCAAGGAAGUGCCAAACUGUUCACCCCUUUUUUUAGAGAUGUUUUUGUCUUUCGUUUUUGUUUUGUUCUGUUUCUCUUUUCUGUUUCUUUAUUUAUUCAAAUGGAGUUGAAAUGUAAUUUAAAUGUUCUUAUUGUGAAAUAACAUUAAUGGCAGGAAGCAAGCCACACACAAAAAUUAUAUUGUAUGUGGAGUAUAAGACAUUGAAAAAUAUAUAAAUAUAUUCUUUUGUUAUAUAUCUAAUCUUGUAUUUAUCAAAUUGUUUAUAAACGAAACGUGAAUGUAAAGUAUUUUAAACGUAACUGUCCACUGUUACUGUUAUAUCAUUGUGUUUGAUGUAGGUAAGAUGAAUCUAUUUACAGAUGUGUUCUCCAGUGUAACCGGGGUAACUUUGCAACGUGACUGUAGAACCCUGGCAUUACCUGAGCUACGUUUACAGAACACUGUGUACAAUACAAAAGUCCUGUUGAACGUGAGUGACAACUAUCUAUGAAGAAGUCAAAAUAUGCACACUAUUAUAAUAAAGAGUUAUUCUACACACACA